UCAAAUCAAACCUGCUACACGUAAUGCAGCGUAAGCACACUGUGCGACAGUAAUAAUCCACCGAGUGAAACACGGUUAUUACUAAGCAGUACAUGGUCGUACAGUGUCGAAGCAAAGAAUUUGCAUCGAGUAUUUUUUGUAAUCGAGUUAUUCGAGUUACUCGAUUAAUCGUUACAGCCCUAAUUGUGUUAUAUGUAAAACAUGAAUAGUAAAUUGUAUAUUUGUUACAUUUGCACAUUUUUAACUUCUUAUGCUUUUGUUUUGCAGAGCCAAAAUCUCCAUGCCCAUAAGGAUGGAGGAUUUUGAGACCUAUUACAGAAAACAGCGUGCCAAUUCCAACUGCGGCUUCGCAGAAGAAUUUGAGGAUCUGAAAUCUGUGGGUGUGGCCCAGUCUAAGAACAGUGCCUUGAUAUUGGAAAACAAAGGGAAGAACCGCUACAACAACGUGCUUCCGUAUGAUUUUUCACGGGUCAAACUCUCGGUCUUCAGAGGUGCCCAUGAUGAUUACAUCAAUGCUAACUACAUGCCGGGCUACUUUUCCAGGAAGGAGUUUGUUGCAGCCCAGGGCCCAUUAGCUUGCACUGUCAAUGAGUUCUGGAGGAUGAUCUGGGAGCAGAAUGUCCACACGCUGGUGAUGCUGACUAGAUGUAACGAACAAGGACGGGUUAAAUGUGAAGAAUACUGGCCCCAGAAGUCCAAGCAUUUUGACAAUUUAUCCAUAACAACCACCUCAAGCAUUGUACUGGAGGACUGGACCAUAAGAGACUUUGAUGUGAAAAACGUCAGGACGGCGGAGAUCCGCUCCGUGCGGCAGUUUCAUUUCACAGCCUGGCCAGACCAUGGCGUGCCUCAGACCACUGAGCUUCUCAUCAACUUCCGCCAUCUGGUGCGGGAGCACAUGGACCAGUACUCCCGCAACUGCCCCACUGUGGUGCACUGCAGUGCGGGGGUAGGGCGAACGGGGACCUUCAUUGCCAUCGAUCGUCUCAUCUACCAGAUAGAGCGAGAGAGUAUAGUGGAUGUGUAUGGCACCAUCCACGACAUGCGAAUGCACCGACCGCUCAUGGUACAGACUGAGGAACAGUAUGUUUUCCUAAACCAAUGCGCCAUGGACAUUAUCAAAUCCAGGACUGGUACCAACGUGGACUUAAUCUACCAGAAUACAGCAGCACUUGCUAUUUACGAGAACGUCAAUUCCAUGAACGUGGGCAAGAAAAAUGCCCCCAAAAACUAGUGAUGUACAAGUGCCGACUGAGUUUUCAUUGCACCUUUUUGUAAAGCAGAGAUGCUGAUUUUAAUUUAUUCCUAGAAGCAGACAUCACAGGAAAUCUUUUAUUAUUUAUUUUAUUUAGUUGUUAAUCAAAAUAUGAUCAUUUAAGUCGUAGGAAAAUCCGUAUACAGGAUGUUUGCAAUAAUUUAAAAAUGGGGACAUUUAUUAUAAAAUUAUGCCUUUAGAAUAAAAAUGAAUCUUUUCAGAUUGUUACUGUAAAUGCUAAAUGUAUUUUUUUAACAAUAAGUGCAAUAUCUUUAUGUGAUUUCUAACUGUAAAUAUUUAUUGUACAGAUACUGUAGAUGGCACUUCUGCAAAGUCUUAAGGUUCUAUUCUGAGAAUAGUACAAAAAACCUUUUAUAGGAGUGAUUCCAGAGUGCUUGCAGCUCUCAGUGAAACCUUUACGAUUUGCUAAAGAUUUUAUUAAAAAUUGUUUCCACGCCC